AUGAGCACACGUAGUACUCGUAGACGGGGUACUAGGGGCAGUGGUAGAGGCCGUAGAGGGGCUCGAGCUGAGUCCCUUGCCUCUGAUACUAUACCUGUGGUGGACGCUAGUGAGACACCGGUAUUGACUACGACAGAUAGUGGGACAAGACCGUAUGAUCGUACGGCUAGGGAUGACGCACUGUCCCAAGCCAUGCUUCGUAUUCUGGAGAGGGUUGCUAAACCCAACACUGGUACCGAAAGCCGUUGGUCAGUUUCGAAACGUCUCCGGUCGAAUGGAGUAGAAGUUUUUAAGGGCAUUUCUAGAGUAGCCCCGAAUGUGGCUGAGUACUGGUUGGAAGUUACGGAGAGAAUAAUGGAUGACCUGGAUUGCACGGCUGAACAAAAGCUGAAAGGAGCGGUAUUACUACUUAGGGAGGAAGCUUACCAGUGGUGGUUGACUGUGAAAGAGGGUACCCAACUCGAGCGGAUUACCUGGGAAUUCUUUAAAUCCAUAUUUCAAGGGAAGUAUGUUGGGGCAAGCUAUGUAGAUGCCCGGAGGAAGGAAUUCUUAAACUUAACUCAAGGGGAUCGGUCUGUGGCUGAGUAUGAGGCAGAGUUUUUACGACUUAGUCGAUAUGCCCGUAGAAUAGUAGCAACAGAGUAUGAAUGUUGUGUUCAGUUCAAGGAUGGCCUCCGGGAUAGUCUACGGGUAUUAAUAGCUCCACAGAGGGAGCGAGAUUUUGCGGCAUUAGUAGAGAAAGCUAAAAUAACUGAGGAUGUGAAGCGCGCUGAGCGCUAG